AUGGUGAUUGUGCCAUUGCUAAGUCCAGGAGUGAAACUAGUCUCUGCGGUGGCGACUAAACCGGUCGCCUCCGUCUCCGUCUUGCUAUUCUACGGAGAUGUUCUUCCCCGGAAUCUUCAACUAGAAAGAUUAACCGGUCGAGAAUUUACAAUUGAUGGCAAUGAUUAUCUAGUCCGGUUUAUUGUAUCUUUCUUAAGAUGUUUCUGUUAG